CUCCUCCAGUCCACAUGGUGUCAGUAGAGGUCGGACUGUGGUGUGGCGUGCGGGGCAGCAGCAGUGUGGCAGCACAUGUGGAGGAAUACAGCGCGCACGAGGGGGAUUUUAAGGAGGCUGAUUCUGUUGUAGAGUUGUUUAUAAAGUGUUUAUAAGCUCCAGAGGACUCGGUAACAUCUGCUUUAAACGGAACGGAACCUACUGGACCAUCACAGAGCAGAUAUUAUUUAGGUGGUGGAUCAGUCUUAGCACUGCAGUGAUUACAUCAGUUACAUCUCAUGUGUUGGAUGUUAAGUGUGUGCGCUCAAUAUGACGUCUUUAGCCCAUCAGCUGAAGCGGCUCGCUCUGCCCCAGAAUGCACCUGAAGUUUUCUCGCGAAAGGAGACGGCUUCACUCCUAUUCGAGCCGAAGCACGCCGCCACUUUAGACAGAGCCAGCUUCUACGCACUGGGCUGCACAGGGCUGGAGGAACUGCUGGGGAUCGAAUCAGCAUUUGAGGAGUUUCAGGAGACGCUCUUCAGCGAGGCGUCUAUGAGCCUAGAACGAAACGUGCAGACCAAGGAGGUCAACCAGAAACUGGACAAGAGCAUCUCACUCUUCCUCACCCGCCUAUCUCCCUACUUCCUUCUGAAACCAGCCCUGAAGUGUCUGGAGUGGCUCAUACACAGGUUCCACAUUCACUUGUACAACCAAGACAGCCUGAUUGCCUGUGCCUUACCGUACCACGAUACCAAACUGUUCGUUAGAGUAAUUCAGCUCUUCAAGAUUGAGGACCCCACCCACAGAUGGCACUGGCUGCAUGGGCUUCAGAAACCUGGAGUUCCUCUGGCCAGAGGCACUCUGCUCACGCACUGCUAUAAAGAUCUGGGCUUCAUGGACUUCAUCUGCACCAUGGUGACCAAAUCACUGAAGGCUUAUUCAGGAAGUGUUCGUGAUGGACACUGUGCUCAGCUCAGGGUGAUGUUUUCUUUUUACGCCGCGGCCAUCGUUCCUGCUCUAGAGGCCGUGGAGAAGGUCACCGAUUCCAUCGUAGCCAAGCUGCUCCCCUACGUACAACUGGGUCUGAAAUCAGAGCUGGUGGACUAUAAAGCUGCCACCUACAUGAUCGUGGCUCAGCUGUCUGUGAAGGUGGUCAUGCAGCCGGAGCUGGUGGACUCGCUGGCUUCCCAGGUGAGCAGAUCUUUGAGCAGGGGUCCUGCGCUGACCACCGAGGGGCUGUCCUGUCUCGUCAUCCUCCUGCAGAACCAGAAGGAAGGGGUUGUCGGGCCAAAGCCAUUUGGGUAUCUUUGUGCUGUGCCCUCCCUGGUGCCCACCCUACAGGCCAUAUCGGCAUCCUACAGCAUCAGUCCUGUACUGCGGUACCUGCUGCCACAUCUCAUUCACGCUGCUGUCUCUCAGAAUGAUGAGCAGCAGGACCAGGGUGCAGACAGGACUCUGCACAGUCGACUGCUGGAGUCGGUUCUUCAAAUGCUUCCUUUGUCUGCUGGUCUGGAGAACACGGUGGCCAGGCUCCUCCUGGAUGAAUAUGUGUCCUGUGGUUCUGAGCUCUCCUCAGACUCUGUCUCCGCCCUCAAUCAGAAGCUCCAGCCAAUCGUCAGACUCUUUGAGCGCAGGUAUCCUGGUGCUCUGGAUGCUGUUCUGGAGAGUCGUGUAGCUGAGCUGACCUUAGAUGAGCAGAAGAGCCUCCUCCAUCAGUUUCUCUCUCUCACCCUGAGCUGCGGCAAACACCAGGUUCUGGCUGAUUCAGACACAUCUCUGAUGCUCAGUCUAAAUCAUCCUCUGUCCUCCGUGAGGAACAUGGCUCUGGACCACCUGAAAAACAUCCUCACAUCCGGACAGGAAGGGUUUGACGAGUCCUUCCUGAAGAACGCACUACUGGAAAGGAUAAAGGAUGAAGCUCCUGAGGUCGUUCUGUCUGCGCUCUCAGCCCUGCAGCUUUAUGCUGACCGGAUGAAUCCAGAGGAGACUGUUUCUGGUUUAAUUUCUCUUCUACAUCGGAUCCAGCCAUCGAACUCCCAAUGGUUUACAGUCUUGAAGGAGGCUGUCCAGUUGCUUGAUGACCCUCGUCUUAGUGAAGUCAGCCCUGAUCUCAGAACCCAGAUUGGCUGGGAGCUUCUGCCCUUCGUGCUGGUGACCAACCCUGAGGAAUCUGCACGGCUGCAGUUGCCUCUUUGUGUGUCUGAGACGCGCCUAAUGACCCAACAUCCUCUCACCCAGGGCUGGGCUGAUGUUCUGAAGGAUGUUCUGCAGAAAACUCCUCCUGCUGCUGUCGUAGGAGUGGCCAGCCAGGUGCUCAUCAGCACUCUGUCCAAAAACCUGUCCAGCAUGGAACCAUCGGCCAAACGCAACACUAUUGAGAGUCUGUGUUCGCUGCUGGCUAAGCAAGGCUCUGGUGUACGAGAGAGGGCUGCGUUCGUGGUUCUGAGUCACGCUCUCCUCCAGGCUCUGGACUCUCUGAGUGAGAGUCAGCAUCUCCACACGGCCCAGACGCUCUUCAGCCUGAUGGAGCCUGCGCUAAAAAAGUUGGACAAACUGGAACAAAAACAGCUUAAUUAUGAUGGUGAUGAAUCUACGUUCCUGCCUGUGUACGAGGUGCUCGGAGACUUCCUGUCCAAACUGCAGACUGACGAGAACUCGGAGAGAGAGCACGGCCUCCUCCUCCUCGCUCUACUCCGACUCUUCAUCACCGCUCUCAAAUGCCCUGAAUCCUCAUUUAAACGUGAUCGCUGGUGGAACCUGGAGAAGCUGGAUGAGAGUACGUGCUGUUACCUGCAGCUGCUGUGCCGUGUGUUUGAUGUGGUGCUGUCGGGGGCCAGUGAGGGACCGCUGGCUUCCUCUUUCAGGGCCCUCAUGCAGCUCUUGCUUCAGGUGCACCUCAACGAACCAGAGCAUCUCUUCAAGUUUCUGUCUCUGCUGUGGGGUUACAGCGCUAACCGGGGCGACCAGCUGGAGGUUCACGUAUCCGCGCUGCAGCAGACCCGCGCUCUGUAUGUGGCCAAGGCUCUGCUGACCACCGUACCUGUAAAGAUACUCAACCUGCUGGCCUCAGCUUCCUCACCAGUGGUGCCGUCUUUGCUGGCGUGUGCGAGCUCUGGGGUCGGGGAGGUGAGACGGGCGGCGUUGGCUGUGCUGAAGUCUCUCUCUGGAGUCACCUCCUCUCCGUACUGCCCGCUGGUGGAGAGACUGCUCAGUGCAGCCGAAGAGCUGAUUGCAGACCCAGCUUACCUCAGCCAGGCUCUGUCCAGGCUGUAUGAGGAGGCCGUCAGUGUGAAGGUCAAGGGCAGGAACAAGCUGCUGUUGGCCAUAGAGCAGCUGUUACAGUGUGUGCAGGCUCCCGACUGCCCGUCCUACAUGGCCAAGGUGCUGCUGCGAGAGCUGCGGGAUGUUAAUGGAGAGUCGGUAUUGUCUAUCCUCCUGCCGGCUGUGGGGCGCGUGUUGGAGCAGUGUUCUCCGGACACGGCUGUGUUCCUGCUGGACGAGGCUCUGUUUCUGCAGCUGCUGUUGGGGAAGUAUAACGAGGCAUCGGCUGCUCUGCUGUCUCGAGACGCUCGCAGCCUGGAGCUCUUCGUCACGGCUCUGCGCGUCUCCUCCAGACCCUACGAGCACAUCCCCAGCAUCCAGAUCAUCGCCCUGGAGCAGAUCACCAAGCCCUUCUUUGCAGCCCUGGAUGAUGAGAAGAUCCAGCAGAGGAUCAUGGGAGUGAUGUUUGAUCUGCUGGUGGACACUAAAAGCCCAGCUGUCUCCCAGACCAUCAACAGUGUCUUCAAAGCAAUCACUGUGGAUGCAGAGCUGGUGGCUAAUGAACUGGCCCCCGUAGAAAAGCCUAAAGUUUCAGGAAGUGUUCAGCAGACUCGCAGAAGCAAAGCACAGCCCAAGAAAACACAGGAAGCUGUGCCAGAAGAAAGUGCAGUGUCCUGGCCCAGGGUCACCCUGGUACUGGAGCUCCUGCAGCAUAAGAAGAAGCUGAAGAGAGCUCAGAUAUUGGUGCCAACACUGUUCAGCCUCCUCUCCAGGUGUUUGGAGGCAUCAGACGAGCAGGAGAACAUGGAGUACACCAAGCAGCUGCUCCUCAGUGUCCUUCUCAACGUGUGUCAGAAGCUUUCCCCACAGGGAGGACCAAUCAGCAAAGACAUCCUGGAUGAAGAUAAGUUCAGCGUGGAGCUGGUGGUCCAGUGUGUGAGGACAUCAGACAUGCCUCAAACACACCACCACGCUCUGCUUCUGUUAGGAACUGCGGCUGGAAUCUUUCCUGAAAAAGUUCUGCACAACAUCAUGCCCAUCUUCACAUUCAUGGGCGCCAACAUCAUGCGGCUGGACGACACCUACAGCUUCCAGGUCAUCAGCAGGACCGUGCGGACAGUCAUCCCUGCCCUGAUCCAGGCUCACGAGGCUGCGGGCAGUCAGUCGAAGGGACAGAUGGAGGCUGUGGUGACCAGAAUUGUGCACGUUUUCGUUGACGCUCUCCCACAUGUGCCCGAGCACCGACGCCUUCCCAUCCUCAAGCAGCUGCUGGAUACUCUGGGACCGGACCGAUUCCUCUGGGUCCUGAUGCUGCUCCUAUUUAAACAGCACACUGCCCUCAGCACUGCGGGAGCAGAGAAGGAAGCAGCUCUGGAGCGGGACCAGGAGUUCUGGAUCUCGUUGUGUUGUGAGUUUGAGGUUCAGGAGCAGCUCGCCUCUCUCAUUAAGAUCCUUCAGUUCCUCACAAGUCUACCAAAGGACAAAGAAGAAGUUACGGACAAAAGGAGGGGGAGGGGAACAAGAGGACAGAAGAAGGAGGAGAGCACCACAGAUCUGAUCUUCAGUGUGGAGACCCACAGUGGAAAAGAGCUCCGGCAUUUCAAAUUCCUCUCCGUUUCCUUCAUGGCCCAGCUACUGUCCUCCAGCAGCUUUGUAGGAAAGGUGGCCGAUUGUGAGGAUUUGACUGAAAAAGCUCUGCAGAACCUCCAGCAAAGUCUUUUAGAGGAGAACCUGCGCUACAUUCACAUGGUUGCUCAGUGCGUAGAGGAGAACGCAGACCAACCCACCACCAAGUUCUGGAGGGCACUGCUCAACAAGUCCUAUGAUGUCCUGGAUAAGGUCAACGCCCUUCUACCCACAGACACCUUCAUCACGGUGGUGCGUGGGCUGAUGGGUAAUCAGCUGCCCUCAGUGAGGAGGAAGGCGAUGGAUCUGCUCAACAACAGGCUGCAGCAGAGGACCCAGUGGGAGUCGCAGCAGGUGGUUGUGCUGCUGGAGUUAAUCAGUGACCUCCUGGUCAUUGUGGGCCAUGGUCGUGUCCAGCCAGAGCGACAGGAGGAAGAGGAGCAGGCCAUAAACCGCCAGACUGCGCUCUACAGUCUGAAGCUGCUGUGCCGCAUUUUUGGCACAGGCCACCAGGAGGCGUUCCUGCCAGUACUGAACAGGACGGUGGAGCUGGUGGCGAACCCGGAGGAGGAGAGGAACGUUAUGGGCAGUGCGUUGCUGUGUGUGGCUGAGGUCACCAGCACCCUGAAGGCCCUCGCCAUCCCACAAAUACACAAGUUGAUGCCGGCGGUCCUACAGACCCUGCAGGAGCGUAAGGAUCUGCUGUCUAAUGAAGUGUAUCUGCUGAGUGCAGUCACAGCCCUGCAGAGAACAGCAGAAACCCUACCACACUUCAUCAGCCCGUACCUUAAGGACACCAUAUCACAGGUGACUCGUCUGGAUCGGGUUGCCAAGCGUCUUUCCUCCUGCCCUCAGCUGGCCAUCAGACUCUCCUCCCUCAGCUCAACACUGGCAACUAAAGUGCCCUCCAGGGUCCUGCUGCCUACCCUCGCCAAGUGCUAUGGCGGCAUGGUGGACUCCCAGCAGAACCGUCUCGGCCCUCUGAUGAACAUCCUGAGGGAGCACAUUGGUCAAAUGGAGAAAGAACAGUUUACCUCCCACCAAUCAGAGCUCACCUCUUUCUUCCUUUUGGCUCUCGACUUCCGCAGCAAACACUGCCAGGGAGAUCUGGAGAAAACUGCAGAGAUCGAGGGUUAUGUCAUAGACUGCCUGCUGGCCAUGGUUAUGAAGCUCUCAGAGGUCACGUUCAGACCUCUGUUCUUCAAGCUGUUCGACUGGUGUAAGACCGAAGGAGCAUCUAAAGACCGCAUGCUGACCUUCUGCAGACUGGCCGACAGCAUCGCUGACCGGCUGAAGGGUCUGUUCGUGCUGUUUGCAGGUCAGCUGGUCAAACCCUUCUCAGACCUGCUCCACCAGCUCAACUCCGCCCAGACCGAUGCAACCUACUUUGAUUCAGAGAGUGAUGAUGAUGAUGAUGAUGAGGACGAUGAGGACAACAUUAAGAAGAGCAGUCUGCUGCUGCAGUACACGCUGGACUGCCUGCAUAAGAUCUUCCUGUACGACACACAGCACUUCCUCAGCAAGGAGAGAGCUGAUGCUCUGUUGGGCCCGCUGGUGGAUCAGGUGGAGAACAUGCUGGGAGGAGAGCAGGUGUAUCAGACCCGGGUGAAGCAGCACCUGGUUCCAUGCGUGGGUCAGUUCUCUGUUGCGAUGGGAGACGAUUCUCAGUGGAAGGUGCUCAACUACCAGAUCCUGCUAAAGACUCGCCACAGCUCUCCCAAGGUGCGUUUCUCUGCUCUUAUGAUGCUGCUGGAGCUGGCUGGCAAACUAAGAGAGAACUACAUGGUGCUCCUGCCAGAGACCAUCCCCUUCCUGGCAGAGCUCAUGGAAGAUGAAUGUGAAGAGGUGGAGCAUCAAGUCCAGAAGGUCAUUCAGGAGAUGGAGACGAUCCUCGGAGAGCCUCUUCAGAGCUAUUUCUAACAUCAGCAGAGCUUCUCCUCAAACCCAAAACCCAGAGAGUCUACGGUUCAUGAUGUGUUCACUCCUGGCGAGUUUACAUAUUAACUGUAUUUUUACAGAAACGCCCACAUGAGCCAGCAAUGGCCAGACCAGAGACCUCUGGCCCAGAGUCCAGCUGGGCCACUCUGGCACAUAGCCUCGAAUGUUCCGAAAUGCAGACGUUACCUUGAACUUUGACUCAUCGGACUUGCUGUUAAAAUGUGCUGUUUUUAAAAAUCAUUUUUAUGCAUUAAAAACAUUUACUGUAUAUGCAGUCUGUAUUAUCAAGUCUGUUGAUUGCGUUUGUCCAUGAAAAUGAUUGUUGCAUCCACAUGAUUAAAAAAGCUGGAAGGUAAAAUGCUAAAAUGUUUUCAUAUUAAAACAAACUAUAAAUAUCAAAUACA